AUGGAGAUCUUCAAGACAACACUUUUGCCCAUGUCAAUCUACGGGUUCUCGACCACCGUUGCUGGGAUUCUCUUCAGUACCGCUGUUGGAUCGAUUGUGGAUACCACCCCUCGACUCACAGCGGUGCAGUCGUUCCUUUUCACUCAGAAACUUACAACUAUCAUUGGCGCACUCGGGUUCUGGAUUCUUUUGACGUGGUUCGAUCCUACAACAGCAGCGUCCUCACCACUACCACCAUCCUCAGUAACAUAUGCCACAGCUGCAGCGGGAAGUUUGACAGGCAACAUGUUGGAACUUUCGAUGGCACAGGGAUACAGCCUGUUCGCGCUGAUGGUCGUCGCCAGCGGGCUCUUGAAACUCUCGGCACUUGGCUGGUCCAUCUCAAUCGAACGCGACUGGAUCGUCGCGCUCUGUCACUCCAACUCGGACGCCUUGACCCGACUCUUGACAUACCUCCACGCCGGAUACUGCAGUCUGAUCAUGGCCAUUUGGUGCAUGGCAUCCUUCCUUACAGAGUGGGUCCUAGUCCGUCGGAUCUGGGACCUCUCUCCCGUUCUCUGGCAACCACGGUCACACCAUCAUCAUCUAUCGUCGCCUUCUGAGGGUGAUUAUGGGCGGCGGGGGUCUGGAUUUGUGGAUGACAGGAAUGUAGGUACAGAGUCAGCGGUAGCGGCGGCGGCAAGGAAGAAGAAGAAAGAUAGUGAUAGCCGGACGCCCUUGGUUGAUCGAGACGUCUUCUCGAAUGAAGAACGACAGUCGUUGUUCGCAGCGGAGGAUGCUGGACAUCAUCAGCGGCAACAACGUGGACAAGGAGGGACAGGAUCUUCGCUUAUGAAGCGAGGCAUUUUGUCGUUCCGCGAGUAUUCACAUCAUAUCGUCUUCCUAGCCUCACUCGCCUACGCCAUCAUCUACAUCAACAUGAUGAGCGUCUCAGGAACAAUGAUUGGCUACCUACAAUACCGCAACUUCAGCGCAACAUCCAUAGCAGCCCUCAAGGGAAUCUGCACAGCCUCAGAACUCCUCGGCACAAUCCUCAUGCCCAUCCUUACCCGAUAUGUCGGCCUAACCCGUGCAGGCGCCUGGUCCAUCUGGCUUGAGGUUUUUACUCUAACGCCGGUGCUGUUUUCUAUUUAUUCGAACCAGUUACCGGUCCAGGUCUUUAUCUUUGCGGGAAUGGCGCUUUCCAGAAUAGGUGUCUGGUCAUUCGACCUCGUCAUCACCCAAAUCAUGCAAGAAUACAUCCAACCCGACCCUCAUAAUAUUGACAGCAACAAUGCAGGAGUCAUCAACGGCUGGCACUACUCGCUCAUGAACCUCUUUGAACUCGCCCAAUUCUUCCUGACAAUGGUCUGGUCCGACCCUCAGGUGUACUACAUCCCCUGCACGAUUUCUUUUUUCUACUGUCGCGGUGGUGGACGGUGUCGGUGA